UUGUGUUUCCCCCUUCUAGAACUAUUACCUCGCAGUAUAAGAAAAAUGGCCCUUUGAAACAGUGAUCAAGGAAGUUCUGUAUUUAAUUAUUCAGAAUAUUUAUUAAUUACUCUUCUGUGUUUUGAGUGCUGAGACAAUGUAUGAUGUCUUGAGCUGAGCCUUUCCUGUGUAUUACCGUGAACAGCAUUCAUUUAAAAGCAAAAUCGUUUAGAAUUGCGUCUUGAAAUCAUCUUUUAACUACUGUACAACUACUGAACUGCUUCCACAGUACCUUGUGACUUCCAGGCUUUUCGUAGGUACUAGAGAAAGGAAGUUCAGUGGCAUCUGCCCAUUCUAAACCUCUCUGUUAUGGAUCCAGACCAGCAAGAAGCUCUAAAUGACAUUCAGAAUUCUGUCUAUAGAACAGCCCUGAAACUACACUCAGUGCAAACCCUGUGCCAGUUGGGUUUGACUGAUGUCUCCCUGAUUCAGCACAUCCUGCCGAGCCACCAGUGUCAGAGGGAGAAGCAGAGCUCCCUGACAACACAGCAGCUAUCGCAGUUGCUGAAGGAGCUAUUCCAGAAUACCAGAUUAGAUAAACCAGGCCAGGUAGAUCCACAAGCCCCUGAGCUCACCCAGAACCUGCUAACUGCCAUGUAUGACAGGACUGGAACAGGUUUUAUCAAAGCCAGAUCGGCUGCAGCUGCCUUAAUUGCUCUCUCAGGAGACAGUCUGCUUACUAAAUACAAAGCUUUGUUUCAACUCUAUGCUGACCCCAAUGGGAGGGGGACCCUGAUCACUCGGAGCGCCAUGAGGAGCCUACUGACAGACUUACAUCAGAUCCCAGCCGUUGUCGGGGAAAGCUGUGAUCUGUCUUGUGUGGAAAUUGCUAUUCGAAGCUGCUUUCAUGGGGUUCUGAACUCAGCAAUCAGUGAAGAGAAAUUCCUAUCUUGGCUACGAUCUGAACCUGGCCUUCUCCUGUGGCUUCCUACCUGUUACAGAUUAUCAGCCACUGAAAUGGUUAUGCAUCACGUUAGAUGUAGCAUCUGUAAGAAUUUCCCCAUCACUGGACUAAGAUAUCGCUGUCUGAAGUGCCUGAAUUUUGAUCUUUGCCAAGUCUGCUUCUUCACUGAGUGUCAGAGGAAACCACACAAGAGGUCACACCCUGUGAUGGAGUACUGUGUGAAGCAGAUGUCAGCAAAGGAGAAUGCAAAGAUCUUUUUUCGCACCAUCAGAAACAACCUGUUUCAAGAGCGCUGCAGAAGAAAGGAGGCUCGGAGAAGGCAGACACUGGAAAUAAUGGAGGGAGAGGACUUCCCAGAAUAUGAGCGAGCAGCGCCCUCUACAGAGCUCAGCACCUCCACACAGCCUGCCCAUCAUUACCUAUCCUCCCCAGCAUACAGACUGGCCCCAAUGUUAUCCAAGCACUUGGCUGAAAAGGGGUCUGCAAUGCAGCAGAUUGAGAAUGACAACAGGGCACCAGCACAAGACAAGACAUCUGCUCAGGCAAUAGCCUCUGUUAAGGCAGAAUUGUUAAAAGUUCAUGAAUCCAUCAAAGCCCUUCACAGUGAAAAGAGGUACCUGAGAAAGCAGUUAAACAAAUGGAAAGACGAAGUGCUGCUCCUCCACAAGUCCCAGGAAGACAAAAGCUGCAGACUAGAAGCAAAGCUCCAAGUCCUGAUAGCAAACCAUGAAUGUGUGCAGGCGGAGCUGCAGCAAAUGAGGCAGGAAAUAAAGGUAAUGUUACAACCACCAAACCAUCCUUCAUUUGUAUUGUGUCAAAAUAUGAUGUCAAAAAGCGAAGACCCCUGGGAGGAAAGAAAGCUUCACAAUGGAUCAGAUUCAGCUCUGGCAAAACCCGUCCCCACUAGCUAUACUGAGUGGAAAUCCCUGGAUCCCUCCUCAGCUACAGAAAAACAGCAGCUACUGCAGACUCAAUCUGAUCCAGUUGCAAUGAACCUGAGAUCAUCAGGUACCACUUCAGGGUCGAUAUUCCUGCAGAAUGGCAACCCCCUAAUGAGACAGCAUGAAAAAUCAAAAGAGAAGGGAAUUCCUCAGACAGAUCUGGAGGGGAUAUCACAACCUGAAAGGUCCAGGAACCUUCCCCAGCAAAUUAUGACCACAGCUUCUAGUCCCACGGCAGGAGAAGUGCCAUUUAAUGAGAAGGAGGUGAAUGAAGAGAAGGAACUGCAGCAGCUAGUACUGAAGCUGAAGGAUGCUUUAUCUCUCCAACUGCAACCAGCUCAGCAGUCUGCUAUAAAGCAGGAAUUGGUCUCCACAGCUGAGCAUGUUUGCAGGUCCUUCUCUGAUCUCAUCAACCACGUGACUUUGCCAGCUAGGAAGUAAUAGGAUGCCAGUAUUAGCCUUACUACUUCAUCACACUAUUGCCCAGGUAAUUACAGCCAUGUGUCAUCUCUAAAGUUGGUCAGAUAUUGAACUGUAAUAAUCUAACAUAAUCGAGUUCUGUCUCUGGGGUCUUUAUCAGAGUCUUCUGUAGUGUUAGAGGAGAAAUUCUCCGUUAUAUUCGUACCAUGUAUUCCUAGCCUAUUCCUAACGUGAAGAAAAUAUAGGGCCAGAUCUUGGCCAAUGCAUAUCAAUAUAGUUCUGUUGAUUUCAGUGAGGCUAUGCUAACGUACACAGCUAAUGAUCUGGCCCAUACUAUCUUCUCAUUACUAUAGUACCUGAUAAUUGCUUGUGUUUCAGGAAACAAGAGGAUUUUUUCCCCACAUGCACACAUGGAGAUGGCUUUAGCUAACCAGUCUCAUUGAUAAGUUGUCUGACAUUGUAUCAUAGUUCAAGAAGCACUGAAUAGAAGGAGUAAAUCUUUAGUUGUCUUCUCCAAGUUGUCCAUUGUCACCAAUAUCUGACAGUCAGGCAUUUGCAUUUUACUAAAUUAGCAACUAAAUUGGUGAGAAGGAAGAGCUGUGAACAAUUACAGGCAUUCUAUUGCUUUAGAAGCCCCAUAUAUCUGGAACUGUUAAAGAGCUUAAUAUUACUUGAAGGACUUACAAUAUCAGAAAAGAAACUUUUGUUUUUCUUUUGUUGCUAGCACAGAGUAGUCACAGAGUCAGCUGAAAACAAAUUAUGAAAACUUUUCCAGCACAGCAUUGAAAAUAUUUAAGGAUGAUGUUUAUAUAUGGAAGGUAAUAUGCUAUUGAGAGAUAUUGGAAUUCUUAUAAGGGUUCAGAUGGUUAUUUAGGUUGUUGUUAGCUGACCACCAGAUCCUGUGCCCAUUGUAGCCAAUGGCAAAGCUUCUAUUGACUCAGCAGUGCAAGCUUUCAGCCUUGGAUGCUUUGGGGGACAAUCUGGGAUUUGGAGGGGAGUAAGAUAGUGGACAAAAGAGGAAUGAUAUAUUCACUACUGAUUCAUCUAAGAUGUGCCACAUUCCACUUCCUCUCCUUCUGGUACAUAGGUGAGAUAUCUGGAAGGAAAGGAUUGAGCUCACACUUAGAAGAAAAGCCACUUGCACUAUAUGCUGUUCUUUAAUAUCCUGGCCAUGGGCCUGAUUCUCUAUGGUUACAUCUGUUUUACACCAGUAUAACUCCCCUGAUUUCAAUGGAGUUAUAUUGACAUAAAUUGAGGUAACAGAAGAGUCACACCCAUCAUAGUGUUGUUCUGGAAUAGCAGUGCUGAAGAUUGAGACAAUGGUGAGCAGGCAAGGCAGUCACGUUUGGACUACUAAUUGUGUUAGUUUUGUGGGUAACUGUGACCAAAAGCAUCCCUGUGUUCACACUCUACACACUAUUGUAAUCUUUGUAUGAAAUGUGCCUUGUGAGAUUUCAUUUGAAAAUAAUAAAUAACUUGCUGGCCAAUAGUAUUAUAUGUGAAGUUACAAAUUCACUCUAUACGAUAUUAAAAUAUGUUCACAACCAGACAGCCCUGUCUAGGCAAAAGUUGUUAAACAGGCAUAUU